UAGUAGGUGGAUGUUUUCGGACGAUUUUGUUAGCUUGAAGUGUUUAUACUCAUUUCCAUUAAUUAGACGGCUUUUAGAUCAUUCUCUUGUUUAUCAUAAAGAUGUGCAGAAACACUUGAUUCAAGCUAUUCAUGGAUUCAGUAGUUUGGCUAGAUGAGUUUCAACCUUGUUCCAAUUUUCCAGAUGCAGGAAAUAUAUGGGGCAUCUGGUUAUUUCAUGGAGGCUGAAAGUACCAAACAGAAGAAACAACUGGGGACUAGAAGACUAACAGAAGUCUCUGUGAGUGAUAAGCUGGAGGAGUUCCGUGCAUCAAAGGAGCAUUUUAGAGGAUUAAGUUUCCCAACUACCUCUUCUGUUGGCUCAAAUGCAGCCAUUAUCCACUAUAAACCUGAGGCAGAAACAUGUGCUGAACUCGAUCCAGAUUGUAUUUACCUAUUCGAUUCUGGAGCACAGUAUCUGGAUGGAACAACUGAUAUUACACAGACUAUUCAUUUCGGAAAACCUUCUCCACAUGAAAAUCUAGUUACACGGCGGUUCUUAAAGGACAUAUAUCUUUGGGAAACGCCAGGUUUCCUAACGGAACCAAUGGCUAUUAUUCAGAGGCGUAUGCUUACCAUUUUCAUUUCAUUUCAUUCAAAUGCUGUGGCCCAAGAUAGUUGGCUUAUCAGAACAUUGUGCUUGACUACUCUUGAUAGGGCAAGCUCUUGACAUUCUUGCUCGAAUUCCUUUGUGGGAAGAUGGUCUUGACUAUAGGCAUGGUACUGGACACGGGAUCGGGUCUUACUUAAAUGUUCAUGAAGGACCUCAUAAUAUUAGUUUCAGGGCAUCUGCACGGGAUGUGCCGCUACAAGUUUCAAUGGCUGUAACAGAUGAACCUGGUUAUUAUGAAGACGGGAACUUUGGUAUAAGAAUAGAGAAUGUUCUUAUUGUCAAGGAGGGCAAUACGAAGUUCAACUUCGGCAACAAGGGCUACUUAUCAUUUGAGCAUAUAACUUGGGCACCGUACCAGAGGAAACUAAUUGACGUGAGCCUUCUGAUUCCUGAAGAGAUUGAAUGGUUAAAUGAAUACCAUGCAAAAUGUAGGGAAAUUCUUACUCCUUACCUGAAUACAUGUGAGAUGGAAUGGCUGAAGAAGGCUACCGAACCCAUUGCAGCUUGACAUGCCUCAUUUGUUAGGGGAUUGGAGUUGAGGCAUUAUUGUUGCCUUGUGGAGAUGAAAGAAUUCAAAACGGGGUCAGCACAUUUCGAGAGAUCUGUUGGUGCACAUCAGGAAGAUGCGACAAGUCUAUGGUGCGUUUCGACAGAGUUUAUACCGUAACUCGCUCGCUUGUUUUAUUCAUCUCCUUCCCCUCACUAUACAACUCCCAUUAUCUUUGAACUCUUUCAUUAAUUGGUAACAACUACACCACUCUGAAAUAAAAUCUCCAAACAACGGCACAUAAUGUUUUCUAAGAGUAAACAUACAGCUGGAAUCUAAUUUAAAGUCCUUAG